AUGGCAGAAGUGAUGGCACUGGAACAAGAUCUCUUUCUUUCUGGUGCUAGGUCUGUGCUCUGUAACGACCCUGACAUGUUUGAGAUCCCCGUGAACGUUCCUGUGGAUACUGUAAAACUUCGUAUAGAAAAAACUGUCAUACGAAGGAUUCCCACUGAAGCCUUUUACUACCUAGUAGACCUCAAAUAUCUGUGGGUAACUUACAACUGCGUAGCCAACAUUGAUAUCAGCAGCUUCUAUAACCUGAAACAACUGCAUGAGCUCCGGCUGGAUGGAAAUCUUAUCUCGACUUUCCCUUGGGAGUCUCUGGCAGAGAUGCCCAACUUGAGGACUCUCGAUUUGCAUAACAAUAAGGUGACCAGCAUUCCAGCCGAGGCUGGCAGGUACCUGAGGAACCUCACCUACCUGGACAUCUCCAGCAACAAGCUUACCACCUUGCCCUCGGACCUGAUGGACAUUUGGCCACCCUUCUCAGAAGUCAUCCCUCCCAAGAGCACGGACAUUCUGGCAACUCAGAGAGUCAUUUUGGGUUUGCAGGACAACCCAUGGUUUUGUGACUGUCGGAUUUCAAAGUUAAUUGAAUUUUCCAAAAUUGUGGACAACUCAAUCGUACUUCUUGACCCACUGGUUACUUGUAGUGGACCGGAGAGCUUGGCAGGGAUCUUGUUCCAGAGAGCUGAGUUAGAACAGUGUCUUAAGCCAUCUGUGAUGACAUCAGCAACCAAAAUCACCUCCCCACUGGGAAGCAAUGUUCUGCUACGCUGUGAUGCUACUGGAUACCCAACACCGCAGCUUACUUGGACUAGGUCAGACAAUAUACCAGUGAACUACACAGUAAUUCAAGAAACACCUGGAGAAGGUGUCCGAUGGUCCAUAUUAAGCUUGACAGGGAUUUCAUACAAGGAUGCAGGCGAAUACAGAUGUAAAGCAAAGAAUUUAGCAGGAAUGUCAGAAGCUGCUGUUACUGUCACAGUGGUUGGUGUUGUUACUACAACUGUGUUGCCACAGAAGUAUGGAAGGAAGCAGGAGGCUGAGAGACAGAAUACCACACUGGAGGAAUCCAAGAAGGAGCCUGAGAGAACAACCACACCUCUUCUCACCACAUCAACCACCACAGCACAGGUUACUACUGAAAGAUCAACAAAUGCCAGGGUUACUGACAAGAAGCAAUCCAGGUCCAUGGCUGAUGGAAAGAAAAAUUCAAAGACAGUGACAAAUGGAAACAAAAAGCAGACUGGGGACAUGAGGAAGAAAGGUGAGGAAGCAAAGCAGACUGAGGAGAUGAGCAAGAAAGGUGAGGAGGCUUCACUUAAGGCAGCAGCUACAGCUGAGCAAAAUGUUACUGUGAUGGACCUAAGGGUGAUCACAGAAACAGAUGAAAGAGUGACCUUGACUUGGAAAACUGUCAAUGCCUCAAGCAACACUGCGGUGACUGUGUUAUAUUCAAAGUACGGAGAUGAAGAGAUGUUGCCUCUGAGCACGGAUUCUAGCAAAAACAAAGUCACAAUUGAUGGUUUGCAACCUAGUACUCAGUACAUGGCAUGCGUUUCACCCAAAGGAGUGCCCCCUACAAAAGAGCAAUGCGUUAUUUUCACUACUGACAUGUUAAAUGAUGAAAGCAACUCUCAGUUUUCUAUUCUGAUAAUGGGCAGCAGUGCAGCAUGUGUAGUUGUUUUACCUUUGAUAAUUUUCUUACUCUACAAAGUUUUAAAACUUCAUGUGAAACCCAAAGCUCCUAAGGAAGCUGACCUUGCAAAAGAAACUUAUGUGAAAUUUGAAACACUCUCUCUCAAGCCUCGAGCGGUGAACGCAGGAGGAGAGCUCUGGGCAAGAAGGUACACAGAUGAGUCGGAAAGACUUCUCCUUUGUUCUAGAUCAAGUAUGGAUUCUCAAAUGACCUUCAAAAGUGAAGGCUCUAGGUCUGAGUAUCUCUGUUGAACAUGGGUGAGGAUGGAGGAGAUGGAAUACACAGUGGGUAAAAUUAUCCAACAUGAUGAUACUGCAUCGGGAAGCAGGUUAGUGUCAGGUGGUGGUCAGAAUAUAUCAUCUGAUGUCAUGGACCCUACCAGAUGGGUAGAGUGGUGGAUAGGAGAGGGAACUGAAGAUUUUCUUUUUUUUCUUUCCUUUUUUUUUUUUUUUGGUACAUUUGUGACUUUGGAUACGAAGGAAUGGCAUUCUUUGAAAGAUUAAAAAUAGCAUGAAAUGGUUACUUGCUUAAAGAUCUUCUGCUUUAAUUAAAACAUCAUUGUUUCCUCUCAUUUAACUGUAUGAUGUGCUCAUUGUGUGAAUUGAACAUUAUCACAACUUUCAUAAAAAAAUGUAUUUAAAGAUGAUAGGAAAAAAGCUUAAAACUUUUUUUUUUUGAAGUUGAAGCUGUUGUUUGUAAACUGUUUGUAAACUGUAUAGAACUGGAGGUGAUCCUAAGUAGCUGCAAUUUAUGGACUCUUGAGAGCUACAAUAUACAUCAUAUUGUCAUUUUGGAAAUGCUAUGGUGAAAGAGCUUCUAUAAUGUUCUGAUUCUUGGAUAAGAUAUCAUUAUGAGUAACUCUGGGAGUGAUACUGUAUAUUGAUACUGUAAAUUUACAGCAAAUGAUGUUAUUACAAAAUCCCAGCCUUAGAAUUUGCUUGCAUUCAUGUGGCUAUAUACCUCAUUUUCAGAAAUCUCUGUAGAGAGAAUUUUAUGGCGUUUUGUAACACAAAACACAAUGUCACAUAGCAGUAUAUUACAUAGAUAUUACACAGUAUUAUGUACUACACUGGAGUAGUGUAGUAUAUUUUGAGAUACAUUAGGAGAAGAUCUUGUCCUCAGGCCAUGUUGGAUGCCUAAUGAAGUUUAAUGAGCAUAAUCAAAUUAAUUGUGAGAAUGCUUCCCAAUCUUCAGAAAAUCCAGUGUUAGUAAUAACAAUGAAUGUAGAAUUACCUGUUACUAAUAAUAACAGUCUACUCUGAAGCUGUUUUUUCAAUACCUGAAGUAAAUAACAGAACUGCAUUGUUUAAGGUUUGGGUAUUAUGGUUAUAAUAACACGUGAAUUAGGAAUCACAUUUUUUCCUAAAAAUGGAAACUGUACUGUUUUCUUGGACCUUUUUAUACCUGGAAGAACUGUUUACUUUGCUUGGAAACUGGAAAUCCUCUCUUUCCAAAGCAAGAAACUUUACCUAGCAGCUACAAACCAAAGUUUAGUUAAUAACAUUCAAACUAGUGGCAUUUCUUAGUGUCAUUAGUACAGCAUUAAAUUUUACCCACUGGAAUGUUGGAGAGCUUGCCUUGUUUAAAGCAUAGGCUGAUGAGGAUAACUAUUUGUCAUAAAAGCAAUGUAAAUAAGAUCAUGGCAGAAAAUAAACGUACUCAAAAAUUUUCGUAGCAUCUCUGUCAGGGCUUCAUAGUCAGGGAUAACAGGACCCAUGUCUGAAACUAAGGGAGCUAUGCAAAGGAAGCAAGUGAGAGAUUCAGAAGUGCAACAUUACUUUACCUGCAUGUGCUUUUAGAAUUGACCUUGUUGUUUCUUCUCUUACUAGUAUGUGUGGUUAAAAAGUGAUCUGUCUUCUUCCAUGGAUAAUUUUGAUUUCAAUGAAAAUAUUUUUAAUUUUCUGAGUGGGAUAUUUUGAAUUGGAUGUGUGUUUUUUAUUUGGCAUUUUUUAAGGGAAGUAGUUUAUUGUGUCAAAAACAUAGUUUGUCUGAAAAGAUAUUUGAGAUAAAGUUUAACAAGAUCUAAUGUGUGAACUUGAAGUCUUAUGCUAUUUGCCUUCUAUUCUCCAUAUAGAUGUAGAGUCAACAGCUCUCACUGAAGGUUUUCCCAAUGAAAAACCACUGUUUUUCAUUAAUAAGAGUGAUUAUUUUAACCUUUACUUUUUAAUUCCUGGAGAACAUUUGAUUUUAGCUUUCAAAGCUCUGUGAGAAACCUGAAUCUAAUUCUAGAGUGAUUUUCACAUGCUGUGUCAAUGUACCAGAUUGUGGUAGCACAAAGCUUAUUUGAGAGAGCUCAAUUGCAAAUGUGAAACGUGUUGGUUUGAUUAAUCUUUGAGGAAUUAAUAUGUUUUAAAGUUAGGAAUGAGUUAGGUCCAUGAGUGCUAUCAGUAUAUUGAAGACGAAGUGUACUGUGAAAGGCGUGUUUGUUUGUUUGUUUUUAAAGAAACACCAAAUACAUUAUUUUUUAACACACUUCCUGAAACAAUGAAGUUAUAUAACCUGAACAUGUAUCUAUACCUCAUAUCAAAACUUCUGAUGAAGAAUUUAGAUAGGAAUUGAGUGCAUGGUAAAGAUGUGCACUCUGCAUUACCCAGGAUUGGUGUAAUUGAAGAGCUGAAGAAGUACUUCUUGGAACAAAUGAAAGUUCAUAUACUGUAAAUUCUUAAGAUUCAUAAUAGAAUCAUUAUAAGAUAGAUUUUUGUUACCCAUAGUCUAUUUGUCUAGUGUCUUUUGAAAUGCAGUGCUGAGUGAAUCAUCAUGAUGAACAGUGAAUGACUGCAACCUAUGGUUGGCCAGAAGGAGUCUUUGGAGAAGAUUUGACCAAAGUUUAUGUGCGGCCUUUCAUAUGUUUUUGCACUUUGUUGGCUCAAUUCAUCCAUUGUUUCACCAGAAAGGUUAGAAACCUUCUUAUACAUUACCUGCAAUGAAAUAACUGAACUGCAUUCCAAGUAGGUCCAAUUUUUACUUGAAAAUUAAAAGAGUCUCUGCACUCAUUAUAAUUAAACACAAUCCUAUCUUCAAUGUGCACUUACUAAGCCAAACUUUAAAGACAUGUUUUAGUCCUUGCUGUUGCCCACACUAGAUUUUAUAUUCUUUGCACUACUGUAAAAGUCUCAUACUUGUCCCACGUGGGGGAUUAGGAAAGAGGACUAUUUCAUGUUUACUGUGAAAAUGUCUGUAAUAGCAAAACCGUAUAUAUUUGGGCUUACUUGAUAGACUAAGGAAAGGAUGUUUUAAACUCAUUACCUUUUCAAUGAUGUAAUUACAGUAGUAGUUGUUUUGAUGUGAAAAUAAAGCACUGUUUUUAUAUGUGA